UCCACGUUUCCUUCUGGCGGACGAUACGCAGGGCAUUGGCUAGGGGACAACACCGCCACAUGGGAAGAUCUCCAGUCGGCCGUGAUCGGUGCCCAAGAAUUCAAUAUGUUUGUCCCAUAUUGGGCGUUACAGAAAGAAACCUUAACGCAAAAGUCAAUUAAGAAAACCACAUCCAGAUAUAUCGGUUCCGACAUAUGCGGCUUUAAUGGCGAAACAACAGAGGAACUUUGUUUAAGAUGGCAGCAGAUGGGAGCCUUCCACACCUUUAUGAGGAACCAUAAUGCCAUUGGUCUUCCACCUCAAGAUCCCUUCAUGUGGAGAACUGUUACGAAUGCUACCAUAAAAGCCAAUCUUUUCCGCUAUGAAUAUCUACCAUACUUGUACAGCUUGCAUUUUGAAGCAUCCAUGUACGGGAAGACAGUAAUUCGGCCAGUUUUCUAUGAGUAUCCCACUGAUGCUAGGACUCAUAAUCUAGGCGAUGAGUUCCUAUGGGGUAGUUCUAUGCUGAUCGCUCCAGGAGCACAGAGCGUGCAAGCUUACUUGCCCAAAGAUGACUGGUUCUCAGUAUUUGAUUACAAGUACGGGCAGCGCGUAUGGGAUGGGGAACAAAUCUUCCCAGCUCCAUAUGAUUCACUCAUUCCCGCGGAUCUAUCAUUCCUUGCCAAAAGCCCAACAUCACCACAGAGUACACUAGGAGAAAUGCGUUCAAGUCGAUCUCCCGAUAUUGCCGACGGAUUCCUUUAUUGGGACGAUGGCGAGAGCAUAGUUGAAUCGUUUGCUACGCAUCCUUAUUAUCACUGGACAUUUAAUUACAAACAAAGCGAAUUUGGGGCAAGUCUGACAAUCAAAAUGGAACACGAGGCGAACGAUCUGAAAGUUCCCACGCUAGAUACCGUGGAAAUUUUCAACUACAAGUAUCCCAUCAAUAUGGAAAAGCAGACAUUCACGUUAAACGGAAAUGAGGUUAGUAAAUAACC